UAUACUACUACUCCAGUUCCCUAGCUAGAUAUCGCCAAGUGUAAAGCUAGAAAUAUAUGCGUGCAUCGUCCCGACAAAAAACAAAUAAUAUUCUCCAUUUCCCUGGACAGAGAAAGAGAGAGAGAGAAUUCUAGUGUGAGUUGAGUGAGAUAGUGUGUGGAGCAUCUGCUAUAUAAAAGGGAGAGUUGUAGUGUGAGUUGUGGUAAGCAAGAGAUAGGGAUAAGGGGAAGAGGAGGAAGAAGGAGGAGGUGUAGGGAGAAACCGGAGCAACCUCGAAGCUAGUCCAAACUAGUGGGAGGUUGUCUUUCCGGCAAGCCGGAGCCCGGAGCUAUCGAUCAUCAAGCUUUCUACCCCGACCGACGAGGAAGAAGACGACUGAUCAAUUGAUCAAACCGAUCUCUCCAUAGCUAGGUAGACAGGAGGAGAGGAGGAAGAAGAGGGGGAGAGGAGACUUAUCUUGAUCGAUGGCGCGAGGCAAGGUGCAGCUCCGUCGCAUCGAGAACCCGGUUCACCGUCAGGUCACCUUCUGCAAGCGCCGUGCCGGCCUGCUGAAGAAGGCCAGGGAGCUCUCCAUCCUCUGCGAGGCCGACAUCGGCAUCAUCAUCUUCUCCGCCCACGGCAAGCUCUACGACCUCGCCACCACCGGAACCAUGGAGGAGCUGAUCGAGAGGUACAAGAGUGCUAGUGGCGAACAGGCCAACGCCUGCGGCGACCAGAGAAUGGACCCAAAACAGGAGGCAAUGGUGCUCAAACAAGAAAUCAAUCUACUGCAGAAGGGCCUGAGGUACAUCUAUGGGAACAGGGCAAAUGAACACAUGACUGUUGAAGAGCUGAAUGCCCUAGAGAGGUACUUAGAGAUAUGGAUGUACAACAUUCGCUCCGCAAAGAUGCAGAUAAUGAUCCAAGAGAUCCAAGCACUAAAGAGCAAGGAAGGCAUGUUGAAAGCUGCUAACGAAAUUCUCCAAGAAAAGAUAGUAGAACAGAAUGGUCUGAUCGACGUAGGCAUGAUGGUAGCAGAUCAACAGAAUGGGCAUUUUAGUACAGUCCCACUGUUAGAAGAGAUCACUAACCCACUGACUAUACUGAGUGGCUAUUCUACUUGUAGGGGCUCGGAGAUGGGCUAUUCCUUCUAACACUAAUAAUGGCCUGGGGGAUACUUGUGUUCAUUACUAGUGUGUAAUAUGGUUAAUAAUGCUUGUGUUGCUGUUUGCUUUGCUAUUCUGAUGUACCUUAUUUAGACAAGUUCCCGCAGGAAGUGUCUUUUAGUAUUGUAUUUGUCUUGGGCUGUGGUGCUUUGUUUUUCCCUAAAGAACUCUUGAGGAGCUCUGUUGUUGAACCAUUUCAAGUAAUUGAGACUAUUGUUUCCUGGAACGUUUA